CAACACCUUUUGAUCAAUCUGAUUACCUCUUGUCUGAUACAAAUAAUAAUAUGACAACAAGUCGUCCAACAACGCCGUUUUCUCCAUUCGAUGGUAUUUCACCUCCUCGAGACAAAAAUAAUAGCAAAAAAUACUCAUUUCCAACAAAUCAAGAACAAGUUUCAUCAGCUGAACGUAUGGAUGAUACCGACAAAAAAUUUGACAAUAAUAGUCGAACAAUUCCAUUUCCAGUAUUACUCUGUUCCGCUAACGGCAAUAGUGUCCUUGGUGUCGUUGAACCAUCGUUACUUCGUAAAUGUUUUUUGCUUGGUAUGUCUGUCUCAUCAUCAACAGCAUUAACGGCAAAUUCAUCACCAUUACCACCCACAACAAUAACAACAAAUAUUGUCAACAAUAAACAGGAAGAUAAUAACAAUAGUUUAUCAACAACAAUUUUGUCAAAAUAUCCAAAUAGCAACGAAAACAAUACAAAUUAUAGCGAUAGAUAUUCACAACCAUAUAAUUCAGCAUAUCAUUCAUCUCCAAUAACAAAAAAUCUUCUAUCAAUGAAAACAACGACAACAGUUCAAAGCGAUGGUGAAUGCAACAUAAAUAUUUUAUCUGGCGUGAAUAAUGCUCCAAGUGUACCGUCGACAGAUAAAAUUGUGAGAAGUAGAAAACCCAAAAAACGAACAAAUAAUGGUCCAAAAUCGAAGAAAACAACUACAGCUACUACUACACAACCAAGCACUGAUGAAAUGAUAAUUGAAAAUCAAGAUCAUGAGGAAAACAGACAGCAAGAUUUAGUCACUACCAUUGGAAAUGAUGAUCAACAACGUAUUCAUUUAUAUCAAUUGCUUUGCGAUAUAUUACAACAACCAGAAAUAAGUCGUUUAUUACGAGAUUAUUCUGAAUCAUCAACAAACAAUGGCGAUUUAUCAUCAACACCAACAGCAACAAUUCCUCCACAGCUCAUGGCCAUUGUGUCCUUUGCUAAUGCGUUGUAUAAUAACGAUACAUCGCAAUUAACAUCAGCAAUGAAAAUUGACGGUGGUGGAAUUGAAACAAUUCAAGAAGUGAAAGAAGAUGAAUAUGAAACAGUCGUACCAUCGCCGAAUAUUCAGUUGCCAGAUGAUCAAAUACAACAGGAUAUUCAAGAUUUAAGAAUGUUGAGUCAUGGUGAAGCUACAACACAAGAUCAGGAAAAUGAUAUUCAGUUAUCUGAACAUGAAAUGUUGUUAUCUAGUUUAAAUGAAUUGACACAAAAUAUAGAUGACGAAUCUCUCACGCGUUUAUUAUCGGUCAUAGAUCCAAAUAUUUUAGCGGCUAUUCUUUCAACAGCAUCUCAAGAACAGACGAUGACCGCUACAACAGUAGCAAAGAAUGAUGAGCAACAGCAAGAUAAUCAACAGGAUGAAAUACAACAAAUAAUAUUGGAAUUAUUUCGUAAACAGAAAUUAUGUAAUUUAGUGACUGCUGCUGGUUGUUUAAAAAAUGAUGAGCAAACUACGAACGAGACUCAAGAAAGUGAACAAAAUCAGCAACAAGAACACGAUUCUUAUAGUAACACCAGUAUCCAACUUAUUUCAAAUUCAUUAGUGUUAUCGUCUGACACACCAUUACUAGAAGACAAAGAUACUACGACUUCGUGUUUUGACUCAAAAUUAAAUCCACUCGAAAUAGUGAAAAAUGAAAAUGAAAACAAACAGCUAUUCAAUGAUAAAAAGCAAAUAAAACGUCCAGUUUCAAGUCAACAAGAAAAAAAAUUAAAACGAAAAAUGUUUUCUUCUGCACCAUCAUCGCCAGUUUUUAUUCAACAACCAUUUGGAUCUACAGAAUUAAUUAGUCGAAUUGAAUUGUCAUUAAAAAACUCGAAAACAACUGUGAAUGACGAUGGACGAAAUAGUACCGAUGAUUCUGUAGAUAAAGAAGUUGAAAAUUAUAUGUUUGGAAAUAUUGGUAAACGAAAAACGGAUCUUACUGAAGAAGAAAACUCGGUAAAAAGACUUAGAAGUGACAGCAUUGAUGAGAAUGAACAACAACAGCAAAUUUCUCCACCGUUAUUAUUACCAACUAUUAUCGAACAUGAAAUUCUAGAACCAGAAAUGUAA